UUGUGUACAUUUCCCUUUAAUAGAAAACGUGUGUAAGCUGGCCAUCUGUAUCUUUAUAUUAAAAUUAUGUAGGGUGAUGAGUAAUUAAUCAUUGAAUAUAGUGUGUUGAAUGUGCAAAAUUUAGCAAGUUUCUUUGCAUCAUGUUAUGGCCAAAUAAAAAAAAGAUCUGAACACUUUGGGGACUUAAGAAUCAAUUUGGGAGGCAAAUUCUACAACAAAAUUAAUAGCACAAGUGCUUUGUAUAGUGUAAUUUUUGUCUGCUACCGAAGACCGACCCUUGGCAGCCGGUUGUACGUACCGGAUUGACCCGAUGGAAUCCCUUAUCUGUAAGAGCUGCCGCCUCGCUGUACAACACACUGCUACAAUAACAACAACCGGCUCACAAUAUCGGUUUUGGCAGUUUGAGCGGCCAGCAUGUGUUCAUUUGUUUAUAGCGCGCCAUGGCCAUGGCCAGCAGUAUAUUAAAGAGAUCACACCUUAAAACUGUUGUUCACUUUGAAAUCUCGUUUGUUAUGGAACGAUUCAGAGAGGUUCAUGCUUUUUCGAACUAAGAAACGUGUAUCAGCAUGCAUCAUCUUGCAAAGCCAUCAAUUUAUAGGGACACCAAACUCACUUUUGGUCAAGUCAACGUAGCGCAGUGGUUACCAUGUCCGCCUUUGCCUUGGUUCGAGUCCUGGCAAGAACACCAGAAAAAUUUUUCAGCGGGGGUUUUCCCUCCUAAUGCUGGCGACGUUUGUGAGGUACUAUGCCUUGUAAAAAAACUUCUCCACAAAUAGAUGUCGCACUGCGGCACGCCCGUUCAGACUCGGCUAUAAAAAGGAAGCCCCUUAUCGUUGAGCUAAAACUUGAAUCGGACAGCACUAAAAUGGGAGAAGUUUGCCUCUGUUCCUUAAUGGAAUGCUCAAAUUUGCUAUUUUGAAAACUGAGAUUAUGCUUGAAAUAUCUUUGAACGCAUAGAGCUGUUGAGAGCGACCUUGCAGUCGGGGAAAAGAUGUUUAACACAUUUAGUAGACUGGUGGUUACGAAAGCGAGGGACAAAUUUCACUGGCCGCUAUGAAAAACGUCAUACAAGAAGUUCAAAAUAAAUACUCAUUUUUAGAUAACCUUCUAACGAACUUCUGGAAAUCAUGGACAAAGUCGAAUUCCACAUUUAAGCUACAAUUAAAGAAUAUCAAAUGGAAAAAUAAAAAGGCAGAGCCUGGUUGUGCAUACAAACCAACAGAGAUAGAGAAGCUGGCAAAUGUUAUAACCCAUGGUAUUUGGAUUAUUCCCGCAGUGAUAUGUGCCAAUAAAUUAUUUGAGCGUUCCAAAAAUUCCAGCCAAUAUUUGGUUUCGUGGGUUUAUGGUGGAGCCUUAACGCUGCUUUUUACAGUUUCAACAUUUUUCCAUUGCUCAUGUUUUUGUGAUAAUCAGAAUGGCAUCAAAAAUGUUCUACAUCGCUGUGAUCGUGCUAUGAUAUACAUAUUCAUUGCUGCUUCAUAUUUCCCGUGGCUACAAUUAGAUAACCUUGAUCAUUCCAAUGUCUUGGUAUGUUUGGAAUGGUUAAUUUGGUUACUGGCAGCAAUUGGUAUCACAUAUCAACAGAUAUUUCAUGAACGAUUUAAAUGUUUGGAAACUUGUUUUUACAUACUAAUGGGAUUAGGCCCGGCCUUAGCUGUUUACGGGACGGGUCAUGAAUUUCCUGGUAUGACUGAACUUAAAUUGGGUGGAUUUUUCUAUAUUGUAGGAAUAUGUUUCUUUAAAUCAGACGGUCUGAUACCAAUGGCUCACGCCAUAUGGCAUUUGUUUGUGGUCAUAGCUGCCGGAUUUCACUAUUAUGCCAUUCUAGUUAACCUAUAUCCCCCCGAAGAGACCAAUUCCAAUGUUUAACAAAAACCCAAAAGUGUGAAGGUGGUGGUGAGAGUUAGUUACUUAAUUUAUUCAAUUCUUUUUAGUUUUUUUUCGCAUUCUUCAUAUUGAUUUUUGAGUUUUCACUUCACAAAGCGCGCGCCCCUCCCAUCCCAUCGUUUCCAUUAGUCAAUUUCUCAAUGAUGUUCAUUUACUCGUUACUUUGUUUUCUUUGGAACCAUUGAUUUCAUUUUGUAAUACCGAAUUUAUUUUGUUACAACUAUUUUAGUUAAGUUUUUUUUUUUUUUUUGAUUUUUUUUUGGUUAUUCUAUCGAAUAUUUUAGAAAUCAUUGCAUUGCAUCUUCAAAUUCAAAGCUUCCGAGCAAUUUAUUUCUAUUUUAAUUAUAAAAUAUAUACGUUUAUAAGCCAAUGUACACGUACAUAAUGAACAAUGACAGCCUGAAAGAGACAUAUUGAAGACUCCAUACAUUUGUAUUCUCUCCAUACUAUAAAAAUAAUUUUUUUUAAUUGUCGACUUGGAGGAGUUUGAAUAGAAUUAUUUUGAAAAAAAAAAAAAAAAAACAUAAACGUCUUCCUUGGGGGACCGAUCAAACAAACGUGCGACCGACCGACGAACAAACCUUAUGUGUGUAACAAGAUUUUCUCCCUUAUACUAUUUACCGCAAGGAAUGUUUACAUAUGUAUGGCACCAUCAUGUUAACCGCCAUACAUGUAUACACGCAUACCAACACACGUAUGCAUAUAAAUGUGCACAUUAUUUUUGUAAAAUGUAAUCGAGAGAGUGUUUACCCAGUGUAAAGUGUGAUUUUUUCAAAUAUUUUUGCCUCCAAAGUAUAACCACCAAUUUUCCAAAACCAAAUUAUAUAUACCUAAAUAAAUGAAAA